AUGGGGUGGAGGCUUGCCCACGACGAGCUCUACAACCGAAACGGCCAGGGGGUAAUUGAGACGGCGGCGGGACCUAUCCACUUCGAGCGGGGUCAGGGGCAGCAGGGAAGGGCCUGGGAUUGCUCCCUCGUCCUCGCCAAGUACCUCGAGCAACGACCGGAGGAGGUGCGAGGGAAGCGAGUGCUGGAGCUAGGCUGCGGCGUCGGGCUGCCGGGGGUGGCCGCAGCCGUCGUUGGCGCGACGGAGGUCAUUCUCACGGACAUGGGAUACGGCAACGCUGACUGCCCCACCUCCGUGACGACACCAGUGACGGUGAAAUCCAUGGGAAAACACCACAGCAACAGAAAAAAAGAGGCGUUUCUUGUAAAGAUUUUUGUAAAGCUUUUUGUCUCUCCGCUCCCGCCCUCGGGCGGUACGACAUCGCUGCCACAGCAACAGAAAAAUAAAAAAAAACAUAAGAUUUUUCUUUUUUUCUUUUUUGUAAAGCUUUUUGUCUCUCCGCUCCCGCCCUUGGGCGGCACGGCAUCGCUGCCGACCCCGUCUUCUUGGCCAUAG